AUGAAACGCACGUGUGGAAAGUAUGAUCGUCAGGUCGAUUGGGGAAGUGAGUACAUCACGUCUAUGAACUUUCACGAUAUGGACCUCCAGCUGAAUGCGACAAAUAACUCUGUUGUGAAGAUGAGCAAAACGACGCUGAAUGGUUACCCCAUCCCGGUUAUCAUGUUCAUAGUCGGGGUGGUGGGGAACGUUAUUGCGAUCGUAGUGCUUCGAAAGUCACGGAAAGAGCAAAAGGAGACCACCUUUUACACCUUGGUGUGUGGACUUGCCGUGACCGACCUCCUGGGCACGCUACUCGCGAGCCCAGUCACCAUUGCCACUUAUGUGAAGGGAGAGUGGCCAGGUGGGAUGCCGCUGUGCCAGUAUUCCGGGUUCAUUUUACUCUUCUUCUCCUUGGCAGGUCUCAGUAUUAUCUGUGCCAUGUCCGUCGAGAGGUAUCUCGCCAUCAAUCACGCGUAUUUCUACAACCACUAUGUAGACCAGCGGGUGGCAGGCUUGACGCUUGGGGGAAUUUAUGUGUCCAAUGCGCUCUUCUGCGCCCUCCCCAGCAUGGGACUGGGAUCCGUGGUGAUCCAGCAUCCUGGAACCUGGUGUUUCAUCGACUGGCAUAACAAGACGGACACCACGACUGCCACUUUCUCCUACAUGUACGCGAGUUUCAGCUCUGUCCUCAUUCUCGCCACUGUCGUCUGUAACGUGCUGGUGUGCGCGGCGCUCAUCAUGAUGCACAAGCGCUUCGUGCGCAGGACCUCGCUGGGAACCGACCAGGGUCGCGUCGCGGAGAUCAGGCGCAGGCGAAGUUUUGCGCGGCUCGCUGCUGCGGAGAUCCAGAUGGUCAUCGUUCUCAUAGCCACGUCCACUGUCGUGCUCAUCUGCUCCACUCCUUUAGUGGUGCAGGUGUUUGUGAACCAGCUGUUUAACUCUGCAGCAGAUUCAUCAGCAAGACCAAACCCGGACCCAGACCUUAAGGCCAUCCGAAUCGCCUCUGUCAAUCCCAUUCUAGACCCCUGGAUCUACAUUCUCUUGAGAAAGACGGUCGUGCAGAAGAUCCUGGAAAAGAUCAAGUGCCUCUUCUGCCGUAUCGGUGGCCGCAGUCACAGGAGGAACACUUCAGAUUUCCACUGCGAUAAUGACCUCCGCACUUCAUCAGUUGUGUCUCGGGAUUUACCCUCUAUGGGGCUUCCCGAGCUGCCAGAGGUGAUCAGCACGUCUCAGACAUACCUGUACCCCCUGGAGGCAGGACAGGGGAUGGGCUGCUGCGGUGACUCAGUGCCGAGCAGGACGUGUUCGACUUCAACAGAGCAAACUCUUCUGCAGGACUCUCAGGUGGCAGACUUCAGCAGCGGAGAAAAUAGGACAGAAAAGAGCACAGACUUUGAGGAGUCAAGUUUAUGUGAGCACUCCAACACAAAUGAAGAGCAGUGUUCAAAGCACCAGCCGCUGCAAGUGACCUUUACAGACGAGACUUUGAGCUUUCAAGAGAGAACCAUAUGA